AUGCCGCGAAUAGCAGAUCCUUCUUGUAAAGCUAACAUAGCAGCUGAACAAAAUGGUUUUAGGAAUUACGAGAUAGUGAAACUGUGGCAUGGUAAGCCUACGAAUACACCAACACUUUCUACACUUCGAUCGACUACAACAAGACCGCCUGUCAUACUUCCACCAGCAUGUUACAGUCCCACUGGUGCCAGCUGUGAAUGGUAUAAAGAUUGUUUGGAGAAGAAAUAUCCAUGCCAGGAUCAACCAGCUGAUUACGCUAUGAAAUAUGCAACGAAGUAUUGUGAGUUAUAUACAAAAAACUACAAUGACUUUAGUGCAACUGGUCAGAAGUGGGUUGAUGGUGUUCGCAAAUGUUUACAAAUAAAAAUGGUUCCACUGAUAAGUCAAUCCUCGAGUAGUGUCACAUGUGAAAAAAUAAAGAAUGAAGCAUUCGCAUCUCAUACUCCAUGUUACACAGAUCCUUACCCCGAUUCACCGCUGAUUUCAUUUUGCUAUUUAGGCUUUAAAGAUACAUUUUUCGUAUUUAACACAAUCAAAUCAGCAUUUGGUACAGAAUUUAAAGCUAGUAUGGAAGGCUUAUUUAGUACUAUACAAAGCUGUUUUCAAAAAGAUUUAGACGACGUAAUGCAUUUAUUGAAGAUGGUUGUUUCCAUAAAACCUAGUGCACCAGUAAGUCGAAUAUCAGAAAUGUUCCAUGAAAGUGAUGAACUAGCAAAAUUAACAGCGGAGGGCAUUGCUAAUAGUGAAUCAUGGGAUCCUGAACGCGUGGGCUAUUUUCCAUAUCCUGCGGAUACGUGGGUUGUGAGAGCAAAAACACAUGAACAACAAAUAACCAUUGAAAUACUUAUAGCUGAUAAAUUAGCUUGGGAUAAUAUGGAUAAUAAAUUAAUUUCAAAUGAUACGCAAAGCUAUUUGGAUCAAAUAGUUGAUCGUCUUGUUCAGUCAAUUCAACAAGGAAAAUUGGAGAUUAAAACAACAAACGGAACAUUUUACGUUGAAAAAAUAGAGCAAUGCCCAGAUAUGAACUGUGAUACAACAGAUGGAAACUUUGCAAUACAUUCGGUUAAUAUCAAUGCAUUUAUAAUCAUGGGAUUGAUGUUUGUUCUGUUAUUGAAUAAUUAA